GCAAGCCGCUUGUACAAUGCAGCAACAGCAGCCACAACAGCAACAACAACAACAACGACAACAACAACUAUUAUAAGCGCAGCUUUAACCAAAGCCACCAAUUCCAAUUGAUUUCUGCCGCAACGUUAUACAUUAAAAUCAUUCAAGCUGGCGUCGUUAAAGCGUAAUAACAAUAAUAUAAGCAAUUAUAAUAACAAUAUAAUGUGGAGUAGUACUAUAUCGCCAACAAACUCUAAGAAACUAUUGAUCGGAAGCACACGAAGCGUUGAUUAUGUCGGUGCAACAGCAGCAGCAGCAACAGCAACAGCAGCAACAGGCAACACUAAAACCGCAACAGGCACAGCAGCAGCAGCAGCAAUUUCCAAAGCAACUAAAACGCAACAAAAGACAGCGAAGCCAACAGCAACAGCAAAUACAACAAAAAUCUCAAUUGAAAUGGAACUUCAUAUACAAAAUAAGUGCAUUUCGGCAUAGCGUAUCACUCUGGAGGGUGGUGCGGAGCCGCCAUGGCUGCAGGGCCCCCUUAAAGCCGCAUUUUUGGGGGCUACUGGCGUCGGCAAAACAAGCAUAUUACAGCAAUUUUUCUACCAUGACUUUCCCAAGACUCAUCAGACAACAACGCGUCGUAAAAUUUAUAAAAACUGUUUGGUCUGCGACAAUUGCAUACGCGAGCUGAUAGUACUGGAUGUGCCGCCCCAGAAGCGAUUUCCGGCUGAUAACUUUGCUGAAUGGAAUAAUGGACAUCCGCUGGGGCUGCGUACGGUGCACGCCUAUGUGCUGGUCUAUGACAUGGGCAAUUUGGAAACGUUUCAGUACUGCCGCUCGAUGAGAGAUCAAAUCUUGGAUAGUUUCAGUCAUCGUGAUUUUAGCAUAAUUGUGGUUGGCAAUAAAUUUGAUAGUGUGACUGAUGUGCAGGCCAACUCGCAGGAGCUCAAGGACAUUUCGACGCUGGUGCGCAAACAUUGGCGCUGCGGUUAUGUCGAGUGCUCUGCGCAAUACAACUACAAAAUUGGCGACGUUUUUCGCGAGCUAAUGGGCUGCAGUGGUGUGACUGGCGGCGCUGGCGCUGGCAGCGCUCUUGUUGGCGCUGAGUAUUCACAAUCAACUAGGAAUAAAGGACGCUGUACAAUACUGUAGCAAAUGCUGCAUAAGUUUUUUAAGCAACAAACAUUUUGAUCUCUAGCGCGUUAUACCCCUGCGAGCUAUUCUUAUUAUUAUGAUUAUGAUUUUCAGGGGGGGUUGUGUUGGGACGCUGGGGCGUAUGCGCAAUCUUCUUAGCAUAUAUAACUAUUAUAAUGAAAACACACAUAGACACACACACACAUACACAUAGAAACACACAUAAAAACAAUGGCACGAACUUUGCACGUGCCCCCACCGCUAACGCUAGCUCUUGCUCUUGCUCCUGCUCCGGCUCUUGCAUAUUUGAGGCUACAUAUAUAUGCAAAUAUAUAUAUGCUAAACUUCUUAGUUGCUUUCUAGAUGGCCUUUCCCUUGUCGGCCAUACGCUUAAGCAUCUUUUGUUGUUCAUUAUUAAAUCAUAACACUGACUGCGACUGCUUUGUUUAAACGCUUUUGACAUUCACGGUCUUGCGCAUGCAAAUGACGCUAAUAGCCCCAACAGCAACGUGCAGCUGCAGCAUGCAACAUUUAUGCAGCAUACACAAAGCACAAGGCCCCGAAGCCCGCUUAAGCCUGCCGGUAGUAGUGCCAGCUGUCGAUGCAAACAAAUAUUUCACUUACAAUUUGUUUUUCUUUUAACAAAAUUUUGUUUUUGUACGUAAAUAGGCAAUUAAUCCCACCAUAAUUUACAAUACAUUUUAUAAAACCAAAUGAAACGAAAACGAAAAUUGAAUCUUUGAGAAUCCGACAGUGUUAAUUGGUAUAUUUAUAAGUAUGUUAGCUAUAUAAGCCGUAUAUACACAUACAUAGAUAUAUAAAUAUAUACAUGCAUACUUUAACGUUGUGAUCAUUUCAAGAAUUAGUUAUUAAGACGCCAAAGUCAGUUUGAAGUCAAGUAUGAAACAUAACUAAACUUAAGAUUAGCUCGACAAAUAAAUAAAA